AUGAAAGAAUCGUUGAGGAAUUGGGAGGCGACUGGAGAGCACGACGUCAAUGAAAUUAAGAAUAUUGGCAUGUUAUUACUUCCACUGUUUUAUAUUGAGGCAUUGUUGCAUAUCAUAUUCGUGCCAUCCCAGGUGUUGUGUAAAUGUGAAUAUCUGAUGGUACCAUUUAAAGUUUUAUGCCAAUGGAAAGUUGAUAAAGUCUGGACAAAAUAUUCUGAGUUGGCUUUCGCAAAUGGGACAUCUCGAUUUACUUACAAGUGCCGUUUACAAAGCCCUGCAGAUCGAGUUCAAGGGCUGUCGAAGUUCAGGUGGAUAAGAGGCGAAGGACUUCAACAUCCUAUCCCCUUUCAUCUCCAGCUAUGA